AUGAAGUCAUUUCUCGUAUUUUUCGCUAUACUUUCCCUCGUAAAUUGCAAAGCAUGGUUUAGUAGACCACGCGUUUUAAGUUCAUCAAGAUGUGUUAACAUGUGGGAUGAAGGCUGCAUCAACGGCCAACUGCCGGGUUCUGGUGGUGAUGACGAUUAUCUGAACGGAGGAUUUAAUCCAGGCAAGCGUUGUCUUAAUAUGUGGGAUGAAGGAUGCAUAAACGGGCAACUAGGUGGUUCUGGUGGUGACGACGACUAUCUCAACGGAGGAUUCAACCCUGGCAAGAGAUCACUUUACGAACGCUUGGAGAAGUUGCGAAAAUCUAACAAACCAUUAAUUGCUUGA